CCCAACUCUGGCUGUCCCCUGAUGAUGCUCGUUGUAAACUACUGGCGAAACGUCACGCUACUUAGUGCUGUACCAGUAACGAAUUGGCACGUUUUGUUUACGUGACAAACCUUGCUGAUUGGCUGCGUCGGGUGGCAGCGGAUUUAACGACACAUUUAUAUUUAUGCGAUCUAACGCCCUAAAAAAAAACCCUUAUGGAUAUUAUUCGUCGCGAAAGCGUGCUACGUGGGAGAAGAUCCCGGGGCCGGCCCAAGACACGUUGCUGGGGGGACGACAUCGAUCGGCUGGAACACCUGGGAAUUCCCCAGGAAGAGCUACACAGUCUGGCCCCUCCCCCAUGGAGGGCUCCGGGCUGGGCCGCGUGGCCCGCACCCCCAAGUGCGCGCGCUGCCGCAACCACGGCGUCGUGUCGCGCCUCAAGGGCCACAAGCGGUUCUGCCGCUGGCGCGACUGCGCAUGCGCCAACUGCCAGCUGGUGCUGGAGCGCCAGCGCGUGAUGGCCGCGCAGGUGGCGCUGCGCAGGCAGCAGCAGCAGCAGCAGUCGAGAACUCGUCACGUGGACGCGGCUGCCGGUGGGGUCGUGACCUCCUGUCGCUCCGCGGGUCCCGCACGCGCGGCCCGGACCCCAGGCAUCGUGGCGCGGAGCAUCCUGGAAGGUUAUCGUCCCCCUGCCCCGGAGGCUGACUCGCAUAGUGGCUGCUCCGGGGCUUCAUCCACCUCCUCCUCCUCCUCCUCCUCCUCGUCGUCGUCCUUCCCUCCCGCACUCAGCGAGAGGAUGCGGAAGCGCCGAGCGUUCGCCGACAGAGAACUGGAGUCGGUGAUGAUGGAGCGAGAGAGACUCCACAACCAUCAUCAGCAUCACCUGGUGGACAACCAACCCUGCAGACCCAUCGCCCACCUCCUCCCAGCGAUGUGGCCACUUGGGGCUUCUGCAGUAUCUACGGCCACCUAUUUACAGUCCUGCUUGCACGAACAUUUUCAACAGCAACAACAUCAUCAGCAGCAGCAUCAUCAUAAUCAGCAGCGCCCAUUACCUCUGGACCUCACGAUGCCCAAAUCGUGUCCUAAAACGCUCAGUGCUCCUCCGAUGGAGCUGUGUCCAGUGAUGCACUCGUUACCACUGACAUCAUCAGCAGCAGCAUCAUCAGCAGCAGCAUCAGCAUCAUCACAUGUGUUGAUGUCAAAUAUUCAACCUCUGCCGCGGAUCGUGUCAAGUGAAGCAGACACAAGGAACGCUUACUUCUUACAGCUGGAACGUCACCUUCAUCACCACCAACACCACCUUCAUGAUGCUGGUCACCACCAUCAUCAGCACCAGCGUCAAGAUGAUGAUCGUGAUGGUCAUCAGCAGCAGCAGGACCUCGGUGUCACCUGCACCUGCCCAAGCGCGCGGGAUUUGACCACGCUUGACGCGUGGAGGUCACAGCCACUGGGUCAUCACGACCUCUCCUCGGCCUUCAAAAGGUUUCCGAACUCGCAGAGCGCGACGGUCAAGUCGCCAACGGAGCGCGACAGAGAUGAGGAGGAGCAGCAUGAUGACGCAGAUGAUGAGGUGGCUGUGUUCGCGACAUCUCAAAGCAAGAAGUCGGCCUCUGUCCGGCGGCCUCUCCCCUUCUCUGUGGAGUCUCUUCUGCAGGCGUGCUAGCAGCGUGCUGGCAGCGUGGUGGCCUCGUGACGGCCUCGUGACGGCCUCGUGCUGGCCACGUGGUUGGCACGCGCUAGCAGCUUGGUGGCCACGUGGUUGACACGUGGUUGGCACGCGCUAGCAGCUUGGUGGCCACGUGGUUGGCACGCGCUAGCAGCUUGGUGGCCACGUGGUUGGCACGCGCUAGCAGCUUGGUGUCCACGUGGUUGACACGUGGUUGGCACGCGCUAGCAGCUUGGUGGCCACGUGGUUGGCACGCGCUAGCAGCUUGGUGGCCACGUGGUUGACACGUGGUUGGCACGCGCUAGCAGCUUGGUGGCCACGUGGUUGGCACGCGCUAGCAGCUUGGUGGCCACGUGGCUGGCACGCGCUAGCAGCGUGGUGGCCACGUGGUUGGCACGUGGUUGGCACGCGCUAGCAGCUUGGUGGCCACGUGGUUGGAACGUGGUUGGCACGCGCUAGCAGCGUGGUGGCAACGUGGCUGGCACGCGCUAGCAGCGUGCCGGCCGCGUGGUGGCCGCGUUACGACCUCGUGCUGGCCGUACGCGAGCUGUGCGAUGGCCGACUCUGGGCGCGUGCUGGCCACGUGCUAACCCGAGCGCGCCACGUCCCCCUUCCUCUUGUGUGCGACGCCGCGUAUCCGAGCGCCACAUAUCCGCCCUCACAGAGUAAUUGACCCCACCCCCCCUCGCCGCAUAGGCAGUGCUGCAUCAGCUACGGUUGGUGUUAGCGUCGCUCUGCAGAGAUGUUCACAGACCUGACCGCGUCUCGCCCAGCGAUGUCUCAUCUUGCGUCCGUUCGCUGACUUCCAGAGCACGGUGGUGUGCGAUGCACAGCACGGAAUAGUAAUCGUUCGCGGCGUCCCUUUGCGGAGAGCAUACCAAGAUAACGCAGCAGACAAUUCGCCUGCACACACCUGUCUCGCCACGUAAAAAAAAUAAAAUUAUCGGGCCUUCUUUGAGUA